ACAUUACGUCUCUUCCGGGAGACGCGUUGGCAGUUUCCUAAACACGGAGCAGCUCAGUCAGUGCGGGCGGACUGAGGCCAGGGACAGGGCGGAAGUGUGUGUGUCUGUGUGUGUUGGAUGUAAAGACGCCGAACCUGAGGACAGACCCACUCCGCUUUGACAUGAGCAGGUUGCCCUGACAUGGACACAGAGAUGAUUCCCAAAUUUUCGUCAAAAGAUGAGGAAGUGGAUUACUGGAAGUCACAAGCCCUCAAAUAUAAGAAAAGCUGCCAUGAUGCACAGGAAGAGCUGCAGGAGUUCCAGGAGGGGAGCCGAGAACUGGAGGCUGAGUUGGAGGCGCAGCUCAGCCAGGCCGAACACCGGCUUCGAGACCUGCAAACGGAGAAUGAGAGGCUGAAGAACGAGGUGGCCAACCUCAAGGAGAAGCUGGAGCAGCAUUACGCCCAGAGCUACAAGCAGAUAUCUAUGCUGGAGGAUGAUCUGGGUCAGACGCGCAGCAUCAAGGAGCAGCUCCACAAAUACGUCCGUGAGCUCGAGCAGGCGAACGACGACCUGGAGAGAGCCAAAAGGGCCACGAUAGUGUCUCUCGAGGACUUCGAGGGCCGUUUGAACCAGGCUAUCGAGAGAAACGCCUUCCUGGAGAGCGAGCUGGACGAGAAGGAGUCACUUCUAGAGUCUGUGCAGCGGCUGAAAGAUGAAGCACGAGACCUGAGACAGGAGCUGGCGGUACGGGAGCGGACGACAGAGAGGAUGUCAGCACCCAGCUCACCCACCUUAGACAUCGACAAGAUGGAUUCUGCAGUGCAGCCCUCUUUGUCCCUCCCAGCCACACCUGUAGGAAAGAGCAUAGAGCAUCCCUUCAUCAGCCCGAAAGCUUUGACUAAUGGCUGUGGCAGCUCCUCCCUCACUCCUUCAGCAAGACUUUCAGCUCUUAACAUCGUCGGUGAUCUCCUGAGAAAAGUCGGGGCCUUGGAGUCCAAGCUCGCAGCCUGUAGGAACUUUGCCAAAGAUCAGGCCGCCAGGAAAAAUUACACCUCCGACAACAGCACACUCAUCAACAGCAACGCCACCAAAUUCUCUCACUCUCUACAUACCUCUUACUUCGAUAAAACGACUGUUAAUGGAUUGGACCCAAGCUCCUUGACCUCCAUGGCGCCAUCCAGGGCUGUGUCUCCACCAGGCCUGCUGCCUCUGAGUGUGUGAGCUGUCCCCAUGCCCCCCCGCAGACCUCCACUGAAACUCUUAUCCACCCGUCACAGUGUGGGAACAGAGAGGACACUUGAAAGACCAUUACAUUGUGUGUGCACGUGCGUGUGUUUGUGUAUGUAUGUGAGUGUGAGAGAGAGAGUGACAGCGAUGUGUGUGUUUUUGCCUGUUUUGGGAUUGUGCAUUUUUGAACCUGAUGUGUGGAAGAGAGGCUCGACUAUACAAUGAACCUGCCUCCGGUUUGCAGCUGUAAAUGCAUCUGUGAGUAGGCGCACACUGUUUUGUGCUCACGUCCCUACCACUUGCAUGUGCCUAAAGCUGCACUGUACUGUGCUUGUAUGAAUGUCAUUGCAAUGUGUCGCUCUCUAGAUGUCCACUUUGAGGUGGUUGUGUCUCUAGUUCCACUGUUCAUUGGAAAAAUUCUCCCCCCCCCACGACAAAAGGUCUUCAACAGACUUCAGCUUCCUCAAUUUUUCUUUUCUUUUCUGUAUUUUCACUUAAAUUGCACAGUUGAACUCGUUUUAAUUUAGAAUGUAUUAUAUUUAAAAAGGGAUGUGUUAAUAUUAACUAAUUUAUCUCACAGUAUGCUUUGAAAUGCAACAUUUUCUAUUUGCAAUUUUUCUGCAUGUGUGCAUAUUUAAAGUGGGGGCUGGGGAGGCGUGGUCGGGGCCCCGAGUUAACGACUGAAGUGAAUGUUGAUCGUUCAAAGCCAUGUAGCUGCAGCGCCGUCUGUCCUCCUGUUACCGGCUACUUGCUGUAAUGGAUUUGGAAGUAGUCUCUGGUUCUGUCCUCUGGGUUAAAGCCGCACUUAAUCAAACUGCUCCUCAUGCCGCAGUUCGAGUGUUUCCUCCGUGGACGUGCGUCGGCAAUUUGAGGAAACAGUUUUGCCUUUUUUUUUUUCUUUUCUUUUUUUUUCUGUUCGAUGUAUAGAUUUUUGAGGUUUUGUGACAGGCUCAUUAACCACUUUCUGAUGUAAUGGCACGGUGCACUCGCAACAUGAGUGGGUGAAUUUAACUUUAUAAAACUCAAACACGGAUACUUAGAAACAAAUGGAGAAUCCUCUCCGAGACUGUCCGGUAACUUUGGCUGGUUUAUGUUGGUAGCGUUCAGCCGCUGUGUCAUGCAGCCCGUUUUGUUGAGCAUCUGAUCAUUUUACUUGACUCUUGGAUUUUUCGAGGGCUGGAUAUUAGACGUUCAUUUUCCAACACAUUACUUUGUUGAUGCAUUUCUUUCUCGCCGACCUUUGUGUCACCAUUUUGACAUCUUGUUCCAUAUUUGAAGGCUUCAGCUUUGAGAUGUCACUAUGAGCCUGUUACUAACCUGUGUUCUACCAUCAAUGUACAGAGUUUGCAGGGAUGGUGAUUUUGCCGAGCUCCACAUUGUACAUACGGGCAUUUGGCAUUAACGUCCUAUUUAUUUCAGAUUCUGUAUGGCAUGUGUUCAUAUAACGAGUUUUACUAUUGAACAGUGGUUAAGGUCACUGUGGUAUGAUAUCAUAUUGUUUGUCAAAAUUGUUUAAGUAAAUAAAGACUGAGAUGAUAAGUAAA